CGCACGCGCGCACACGGAGCCAGACAGUUGGGUUUGUCUCAGCUGUUCCUCUCCGCGCUCAGACCCCCGGCGCGCGACCCGGCGCGACACUACGGCGCAAACGCCGUGCGGGUGGGGGCGGCUAGGGGCGCGCAGGCGCCGCGGGGAGUGUGAGGCCGCGCAGGCGCGGACGGCGUUGGUUUGAAGAAGACCUUCAGCGUUGCCCUGGCGGAGCGGGGACAGGUCCUCUGGUUGGAGGUGAUGGAGCCGCAGCCCCGGCGUGGGGAGUGGCGCUCGGAACGCCGAGCCGCGACCCUGUCAACGCCUGGUGGGCCCACAGGACUUUUCUUUCCAGGCGUCAGGCCAGAAAGGAGAUAUGUGUAACACACCAACUUACUGUGACCUAGGAAAGGCCGCCAAGGAUGUCUUCAACAAAGGAUAUGGAUUUGGCAUGGUCAAAAUAGACCUGAGAACCAAGUCUUGUAGUGGAGUGAUGGAAUUUUCUACUUCUGGUCAUGCUUACACUGAUACAGGAAAAGCGUCAGGCAACCUAGAGACCAAAUAUAAGGUCUGUAACUAUGGACUUACCUUCACUCAGAAAUGGAACACAGAUAACACUCUUGGAACAGAAAUCUCUUUGGAGAAUAAGUUGGCUGAAGGGUUGAAACUGACUCUUGAUACCAUAUUUGUACCGAACACAGGAAAGAAGAGUGGAAAAUUGAAGGCCUCCUAUAAGCGGGAAUGUUUCAGUCUCGGCAGCAAUGUUGAUAUAGAUUUUUCUGGACCAACCAUCUAUGGCUGGGCUGUGUUAGCCUUUGAAGGUUGGCUUGCUGGCUAUCAGAUGAGUUUCGACACAGCCAAAUCCAAACUGUCACAGAAUAAUUUCGCUCUGGGUUACAAGGCCGCAGACUUCCAGCUGCACACUCAUGUGAAUGACGGCACUGAAUUUGGAGGGUCUAUCUACCAGAAGGUUAAUGAGAAGAUUGAAACAUCAAUAAACCUUGCUUGGACGGCUGGCAGUAACAAUACCCGUUUUGGCAUCGCUGCUAAAUACAAGCUGGACUGUAGAACUUCUCUAUCUGCUAAAGUAAAUAAUGCCAGCCUGAUUGGACUGGGUUAUACUCAGACUCUUCGACCAGGAGUCAAACUGACCCUAUCAGCUUUAAUCGACGGAAAGAACUUCAAUGCAGGAGGUCACAAGGUUGGGUUGGGAUUUGAGCUAGAAGCUUAAUGUGGUUUUGAGUAAAGCAUCCGAUUUGUCCCUGGAGGUGAAGAGAACCCACUAUGUUUUGGCCUUAAAAUUCUUCUGUGAAAUUUCAAAAGUGAACUUUUUAUUCUUCCAAAGAAUUGUAAUCCUCCCCACACUGAAGUCUAGAGAUCGCAAGUCCAUCCUGAGGGAGGUACUUGAAGGCAUGCCUGGAAGUUGUCAUGUUUGUGCCACAUUUCAGUUGAGUUCCACAGUGUUAUUUUAAAUGUGUUCCUCAGCGACAAUGUAGUGUCAUGUUACAAAGGAAAUGACCCAAUCCUCCAGUUUGUACAUCACGUCCUGCAUGUCCCACACCACUUUUUCAUGACCUUUUAAUAUAUUGGUCUCUGUGCUGUAGUGGAAUCCUUGGUUUUGCAUCAGAGUAAAAUAAAAUAAACCCAUCACAUUUGGAACAUAAUCGCUCAUCUGAUUUGCUAGUGAUGGUUUUCUUCUAUUUGGUGUGAUAGGUUUUGUUUUGAAAAAUACUCUCAUAGGUGAUGGGAUUUAGGUCUAAAGUGGUAUGUCUGGAAUGUCUGUGCUAUUGCCUGUCCCUUCCAUCUGUCUUUACGGCUCUGACUGUUCCUCUGCACUCAGGCUGAGGAGUGAAACAGUGAGUUUUGUUCUGCUGGACGCCUUUGUUGGGGUGCUUGCUUCCUAUCGCACUAAAGCAGGACCAUAUUGGUAGUUUAGUAAAGCUGCUGAGAAAGAGUGGGGGCGGGGGUGGUGAGUGGGCAGAAAGACGGGCAAAGGGGAGGGUACAGUUGGGGAAAUGCUGUUGGGAGGACACUGGUAGGUGGAGGCACGUCUGCAGCUCCUCCCAGGGCUUCAGGAAAGUGCUUUCGAUUACUGGAUCUAGAGAAAUGAUAACCCAAAAAUGGAGAUACCAGUUUGGAAAAGAAAUGAGUAGGCUCUAAUAUCUUCAGGGCUUACUGGUAAAUAUUGUCCUUUCCAAAAAUAGAACUCUUUUUGAAAUCUUUUUUUAAAAACAGUAUAUGCUGGUUGCAACAAAUUCACUCAGCUUAGACAUUAAAAGUGAAAAUUUGCAUUCCUCUCUCCAGUCCCUCUUUCUUCUACGACUUCUAACAGUUCGAUGUAUAUCUUUGCAGAUACUUUUCAGUGUCUUUAGAGAUUACAUAAAUAUAUGUAUAUAAUAUUAAAAUCCACAUCUUGUUUUGCAAUAUACUUUAUUUAUUGUUUAUUUAUUUUUAAGUAAUCUCUGCAUGUGAUGUGGGGCUUGAACUUAGAACCCUAAGAUCGAGAGUCAAUAUGUUCCAACCAACUGAGCCAGCCAGGCGUCCCACAAUAUACUUUUAAAUUUAACAUAUCAGAGUUCUUUUUAUGUUUGUUCAUAUAGAUCUGUCUUAUGUUUUUUAUUAUACUUGACUAUAAAUGUGAUAUUAUUGAACUAUU